AUGCGUGCUGCCUUCCUCCCCCUCUUCGCCGCGGCCCUCACUGCCUUCAGCCCCGUCCUCGCCCAGGACACCGCCGCUGCCACCGACGCGGCCGCCACGGACGUGGCCACGGACGUUGCUUCGGCCACCGACACCGCUACCACUGCCACCACCACCGACUCGACCACCACGAGCGGUGAAGGUGUCACCCCUACCGAGCCCGAUGGCAACACCCUCGUCAAGGCCGGCAGCAACAUCACCGCCCAGUGGACCGUUGACCAGUCGGGCCUCUGGAGCAACAUGACCAUCGAGCUCAUGACGGGUUCCAACGAGGCCAUGACUUCGCUCGAGACCGUUGGCGAGGGCAUCGACGGUACCGUCGAGACCUCGUACAGCUUUGUCGCUCCCCAGGUCCACCCUUACUCGAAGAUCUACUUCCUCCAGUUCACCAACCCCGGCGAGUCGGGCACCUUCUGGACCACCCGCUUCACCAUCGCCUCGGCCUCCGGCGCCUAUGUCAACCCCACCCUCAACGAGACCACUUCGGCCGGUGAGGUUGUCGGCUACGGUGACGGUGCUCUGGGAGAGGACACUUCGGCCACCACCACUUCGGGGUCGGCCUCGGUCGAGUCGGGUGUCGGCUCGAACGGCGUGACCCUCUACACUGCCGGCAUCACCACUGGUACCAGCAAGCCCACCAACGUCGACGCUACCGGUGUGGCCGUCGCGACCGAGGGUGCCUCGGCCGCCUCGAUGGGCAAGCUCGUCUCGCCCGCCGCGGCCAUCAUGGCCGUCGUGGCCGCUGCGGCUGUCAUCGUCUAA